UAUUACUUAGAAUAAGUUGUAAGCCACUGUGCAACCAUUAAACCAAACAUUGCCUUAGCAUUUUAGCCAAAAUUGAAACCAACAAAAUUCGUUUUGUGUGUUGAGUGGGGAGUGUUAAGCCUCUGCCCGCUUCGAACUAGAUCAAAGUCCCAAGUACCCAGUUAGAAGGCAGUAUGGAUCCAUCAGAACUAAGGUAUCUGGAGGAUGAUGAUACUCCCACGAUGAAAACAAUUAAGGGUGCUACCAUGGGUUUAGUUGCUGGAACUAUCUGGGGGACUGUUGUUGCCACUUGGUAUGAUGUGCCUCGUGUCGAGAAACAUGUUGCACUUCCAGGUCUAAUAAGGACUGUCAAGAUGAUGGGUAACUAUGGGAUGACUUUUGCAGCAAUUGGAGGAGUUUAUAUAGGUGUUGAGCAGAUGAUGCAACAUUAUAGGAUGAAAAGAGAUUUUGUCAAUGGAGCUGUUGGUGGUUUUGUUGCUGGAGCUUCCAUUCUAGGCUUCAAAGGAAGGAGCAUCUCAACAGCUGUUUCUGCUGGAACAGCACUGGCAGUUACUUCUGCUUUAAUUGAUGCUGGAGGCCAAACCACAAGAACAGACAUCGGCAAGGAAUACUACCCCUACACCACCAAGAAAAGGUCCACCGUUGAGAGUUAAUUUCUUGAUGCUAUUGGAAAGAAGACGCUGGCAAACUAAUGGGGAAGAAGUUUUCGUGGAUUCCUGAAUGACCCUAUAUUCUUUUGGAGAUGUAAUCGUACUCUUGGAGUGCCAGGUAGGCAUUCUAAAUAAUACGCAUGUCAUUUUGUUCUUUGUUCAGAAGACCUGUUAAGAUGUUUGUUUUUCAGUUUGAGACAGCUGUUGUUUUCUGAUAAACUAACUUGAAACAGAGGCCAAGAAAAAUAACUGUUCUGGUA